GCGCAUGAUAGGUUGAUGCGGCUUUGUUGAUGCUACGUGGAUGGGAAGUAGUUCUCGCGCUGCCAGAGGAAACCUAAACAAAUAGUGCGUAGAAGUCCAAUUUAGAAGCCGAGUAACGCGAAGACAAAUAAAAUGCCGCCCAGUACGUCGUUUAUUUAUUUAUAUCAUCGAAUUUAAUUUUAGCGUUGGAUUAUGUCAACUGCCAGCAAAUUGUCAGUCGUUUUGCGAGCAGAAUUAGCCGCCAAGCUAAUGUGGACAGCGGCCUAACAUACAAACACAACCCACUUGCUUCGGCUCUUAGUGUGGAAUAAACCUGCUCUUAUUUGGGAUGCUUUUGAUAUUGUUGUGUUUUAUGUAGACGUUCACUGAGCUGUCACGCAACCAGCUGGAAGUCAAGCAAUAUGAGUUGGUUCAACGCGUCACAUCUGUCGAGUUUUGCUAAACAAGCGCUGACAACUGCUCAGAAAUCCAUCGACAGAGUUCUGGACAUCAAAGAAGAGGACCAGUGGGGUGAUACGACCGAACAGACCUUUACUGAUCCACCAGGCAAGCCGGUAUCAACAGGAUGGGGUAUGAACCAGUGGAGCUCGCCCUCAGAGGAAUGUACCAAAACUCUCCCUCCAUCAUCCGAGGCCAUUACUAAGCCUGUCACAUGGACCGUGGUUGACGAAUCUGAGGAUUUCUUCAGUGCCUUUCUGCCUCAUGGAGACAUACAAACUGUAAGCAACACUAAAGUGGUGUCUGUGCCACCUGCCAAGUCGAACCGCAGACUACGGGAAAAAGCAGACGAGGAGAAGGAGCUGGAAGACAGUGAAGCGCAAGGUCAGGCAGACCUCAGUAAACGCAGCAACCUGGAAACUAUUGAGAUAAAGCCAACUGGGACAGAGCUUUUGGAGCAAAUUUCAUUCUCGGCAGAUGAGCAGUCUCAACCAGAACUGGUUGUUCCUGUUGCGUCCGUUGCACCAGAGCAAGCUGCUGAACAGGAGACCGGCAAGGACCAGACAGAGACAGAUGGCUUAGUUUUUCCUUCAGAUGUCACACUCACAAAUGUACCUUUAUCAUCUACUGAGGGUGAAUCUGCUGGAGUGUUUGAAGCAGCUUUGACCAUCGAGACCAAAAAUUCAGUGAAAACCUUGCCUGUCCCUCUUAAAGAAAUCCUGUUAGAAUCCAAAGACGCUAAAUCAGAGGACAGACAAAGCGACACCCCAUCUCCCCCUGUUAGUGCCUUCUCUUCUGGUACUUCCACUACCAGCGACAUAGAGGUUUUGGACCAUGAGAGCGUGCUAAGCGAGAGCUCGGCCAGCUCCAGACAGGAGACUGCAGAGUCUAAAGCUGGACUCCACCUAAUGCAGGGCUCUUUCCAACUGCUCUCCGCUUCAACGUGCGCCGACUUCCCUCGUCUGGAUGAAUACCCAAAACUCACUGAAAGUUGCGGCUCAUCGUCUGAUGCCUUUGAGCGCAUCGACUCGUUUAGCAUGCAGUCGUUGGACAGCCGUAGUGUCAGCGAAGUGAAUUCUGAUGAUGAGAUCCCGGGCAACCGCACCUUAGCUUCCAUCACGGCUGGACAUUUGCCCGCUCCUGCUCAUUCAGCGCCACAGACCAGUCAGAAGGAAGAGGAGGUUAUGACUGAGUCAGUAAAUGACCAGUCGCUGGAUGAUAACGAGAUGGAGGAAAGUGGCCGCAGUGCAACGCCAGUGAACUGUGAGCAGACGGAUGAGCUGCAGGACCAGGGACCUGAAACUGACCUCACAUUGACUAGCCAAAAAUCAGAUAUAAAUGAAACUCUAAUAUCACAGAGUACUGAGGAGAAACAAGGAGAUUCACCCUGUCAGAUUUUUGAGCUCCAAAAGAUUAUCGAGGAGCUCUCGAGUCGACUAGAGAAGAGAGAAUCACAGUUGCUUGUGGUCAGUAAAGACAAGGCCAGACUGGAGGAGGAGUGUGACAAUCUCAAAGAUGAGAUGAUCAGCUUGAAGGAAGAAAGCUCUACUGUACAGUCUUUAAAAGAUGAGUUCACUCAACGUAUAGCUGAAGUUGAGAGGAAAGCUCAACUCGCCUGCAAGGAGAGAGACAUCGCCAAAAAGGAAAUUAAGGGCCUUAGAGAAGAACUGGCGAGCAGGUUGAAUUCAAAUGAGACUUUGGAACUGAUAAGAGAGAAGGAGGAACAGAUACGAGAGCUGCUUGAAGAAGGUGAGAAACUGUCCAAGCAGCAGUUGCAGCACUCCAACAUCAUAAAGAAACUGCGUGUGAAAGAGAGAGAGAGUGAUGCACAGAUCACCAAACAGACCAAAAAACUGAAGGAACAGGAAGAAGAGCUGAAACACUUGCAGCAGGUUUUGGACGGUAAGGAGGAAGUAGAAAAGCAACACCGAGAGAACAUCAAGAAGCUGAAUGCUGUGGUGGAGCGUCAGGAGAAAGAAUUAAGUAAACUGCAGACCAGCAGCGAAGAGCUUCAGGAAAACAACCGCAGUUUGCAAGCAGCCCUCGACAGCUCCUACAAAGAGCUGGCGGAGCUGCACAAGGCCAACGCCACCAAGGAUAGUGAAGCCCAGGAACUAGCGCUGAGCAGAGAGGUACAGGCGAAAGAAGAGCUGAGUCUGGCUUUGGAGAAAGCCCAAGAAGAGUCCUGCUUGCAACAAGAGGCACUGGCUAAUCAGGUGGCAGAUCUGAGGCUGGCUUUACAGAGAGCUGAGCAGCAGCAGGCCAAGAAGGAAGAUUACCUGAGGGAGGAGAUCAGUGAGUUACAGCAGAGGUUACAAGAAGCGGAGACCAGAAACCAGGAUCUAAGUCAAAGUGUUACAUCCACAACACGGCCUCUCCUUCGACAGAUAGAGAACCUCCAGGCAACGCUUGGGGCCCAGACAGCAUCAUGGGAAAAACUAGAGAAGAACAUCUCUGACCGCUUAGCUGAUGCCCAAGCCCAGCUUGCUGUUUCCGUAGAGAAAGAGCGUUCGGCUACAGAGGAGCUGCUAGCCAUCCGAGCACAGAUAGCAUCUUUAGAGUCUCAGGCUUCCCUGUUGAGGCAAGAGAAGGGACGUCUGCAGGGGCAGCUGGAUGCAGAGAGGGUGAGGCGGGAAAAACUGGAGGAUGACUUUAGCAGGGAGCGCGUAGAGCUGGAGAAUCUUAAAGGAGAACAUGCUCGAGUAUUGGAGGAGGCCAAGAAGGAGAAGUUGCUUCUCACCAACCAACUUGAAAUGGAGAAAAUGAAGGUGGAGCAGGAGAAGAAGAAAUGUUACCUUGCACAAGAGGCCCUCAAAGAAAAGGAGAGGAAGUCCCUAAGUCUGUCUGUGACUGAUGCUCCAGCAUCCUCCACUCCUACACUGUCCCGUUCCAGUUCUGUCAGUGGGGCUGAGCAUGCCGGCUUACCUUCCUCCCUUUUCUCACAGCAGGAGGAUUCUCUUGACCAUUCUUUCAGCACCAUGACCAUGUCCAUCAGUGGGACUAACCUAUAUGAGGCGGCUCGACUGGGUGGUGGAUCCAGUGUCAUUGAGAGCCUGCAGUCUCAGCUCAAACUCAGAGAGGGCGAGAUUGUCCAGCUGCAGAUGGAGAUUGCUAGUCUAGAGAGAAGCCGCACUGUCAUGACAGAAGAACUGGUGCGACUGACCAAUCAGAACGAUGAGAUAGAGAGUAAAGUGAAGGAAAUCCCUAGACUGAAAGUGCAACUGAAGGAUCUAGAACAGAGGCACAACACCAUUCUGCAGAUGUAUGGAGAGAAGGCAGAGGAGGCAGAAGAGCUGCGUCUGGACCUAGAGGAUGUGAAGAACAUGUACAAAACGCAAUUAGAUGAACUAUUAAAAAAUCAAAAAUAAUUGACUCUGCAAAUGGACUGACACCCACUGACUGUAAACAGAACUUCACAUCUCAAGAGUGUUGGUAAUACAAGACCAAGUAAUUUAAAUGUAUUUCAUUCUGAGCUAAGAGUUUGUUCAACAUAUUUCAAGGAUCAGUGAUAUAGUUAUUUAAGAUUCCUCUCACGGUUGUGGGAUUUUAUUUGAAAUAAUUUUUUCUCAAUUAAUAAACAUGUUUGGUUUAA